AUGGGCUCAUGGAAGGACCCCUUCCUCACUGUCACCUUCCCAAGCAAGGUCAUCUUCAUCAUUAGCUCAUGGGUUCUCUUCGUCAUCAACCUCGGAGUGAUCAUCGGGGACCUCUACCACUUCCUGGUCUCUCAAAGAGGCGAUCUCAUGAGCUUCCACUUCACCGUAUCGCUGCUGUUCUCCCACGUGACGAGCUUCUACUUGGCUCUCAUAGCCAGCGUCUACACCAUGCAAGCGGAUGAUGGCUUCUUGACGUGCUUGUCCCUGACCUCCUUAGGCAUGAAACCUGGGCGGCUGAUUGGACCAACCACCAGGGGAUGCAGGAAUGCCAACUGGGUGAUUGGGGGCCAGUCCCUCCUUUUCAGUCCAAUCCGCUACACAGGAUUGUUAUGGGGAAAUCACCAGGUGUCUAAUCGAUAUAUUUUCCUUUUUCAUCCAGUCGCGAAUUUCUCUCUGUACCUGGCCCGAUUCUGGAUGGACUAUCUCACCAUCGAGUACAGGGAGGAAAAAUACUAAUGAUCGGAAGGAAGCAGGGAUGAGACGAGAGAAGCCAAAAAAAUUGAGAGGGGUUUCUCCCCCAACUCCCACUCACCCCCAAGCUUGUUCACGUUAUCCUAGCCGGUAACCUCUGAAGGACGGAGCAACGAAGGAGUAACUACCACCCUUUAGGAUCAGCCAAGAGUGUUUAAUAGAACAUUAACCAAUGUCUCUAUUGCUUCGAUGUGCCAGAGAUUUGCACGCUCACCGCCCUACAUCGGAAGAAUCCAGAGGCGAGAAAUAAACCCUGCAGGAAAUUUCAGAGCUGUCCUUCGAACCGGUCCCCAAACCUUUCCAAAAUGGGGCCCCCCUGCAAAGGAUGGCAACCACACCCUUCUUGAUCGGACAUCUGGGAUGAGAGAGACUUUCCUCCACUGGGUGCCCCCCCCUGCUUUCCCCCAAAAAUGGACUGGGACCGUCGCUUUCUGCUGGAGAAGGGGAAAAAGUGGUUUUGGAGAGGACAAGGUUGAGGCCACUCUUUCUGGAAAAACCUAGAGCCUGAACAGAGUGGAGAUGUUGCUAGAGGACAAAAGUGUGGGGCAUAAGAUAAUAAUGGCCUCCUUUUUUAAUUUGACGUGUAACUCCUGGCUUAUGAAGGGAAGCGAUUCCUAAGCACCGAGGCGCCGUUGCCUUCUCAUCUCCGCAGCACUUCGAGCACCUGCCCAUCAAACCCUGGACCUUUUUCAACCUCUGGGUUGCAGAGAAACUGUGUGGAGGCAGCCUUUGGUCCUACAGGAUGGGCCCCCAAGCCCGAGGGGGCCUGGAAGACACACGUUGUGCCCUCCCCCAAGACAUCCCGUAUCUAGCAGGUAAUUAGAAGUGGCGGAGAAAGGCCGGAAACUAGUUGUGUUAACGGAAAGGACCGAAGUGGGGUGCAAACAGAUGUUGCUUCAGCUUUGAUAGAGCCCCCUUUUUUUUGGGGGGGGGAGUGUAUGGGGGUGGAGCUUUGGCGUUCCCGCAACCAAGACAAGCUUGCACAGAAGCAUCGAAGUGGAUUUAGGAGAUGAGGUCUUGUUUCUUGAUGGAGAACUUCACGAACUUGGCCGUACUUUUUUGUAAAAAUUGCUACGGGGUGGGCGUGGCGACAGUCCCCCCCCCCAGUUCUGUCGAUCACGCCCGCCUCAAGCAACUUACUUCAAAG